UGUAAAUCGAUCACGGAUUGUAAUCGGGCGACGAAAGAAGGCCGUGAACAUUUUCCAGAUGUACAGUCCUAAAUACUCCAAAGCACAAAGCUGUGCUUAUUUCUGCUUCAAAAAUGCCCUGGUGGCACUUAACACGCUUUAUAUUGUAAGUAUCUUGGAAAACCUUUCAACUUUAAGUCAGAGUUUUAUUGAAUCUCGCGAGCUAUUGAAUGAGGAAAUUGAGUCUUCGCAGUCUGUGUUACGUGGCAUUUGGUGGUUAUUUUAAGCUUUCUAUCAGAUAUUCUACGGAAAUCUCCUGCGGUUCUUAUCCGUAAAUGUUUCUAAAUCUGAUUAGGGACUUAAUGAGUAAAAGGUACCUCUCCUACGAAAAAGAAAAUCUCUAGGCAAUAAAACCCCGUUGUUCCUUUGCUGCAAAAGGCUAGCUGUUUAUAUAGCACAUCAUGCAUGUAUUCAAUAGUUUUUUCUGAACGAAAAACCAAUAAGAGCUCUUUAAUUUGACUAUCACCUUAUGUUUCAGGAAAUGUAAGCUUCAUUUUAAUUAACGGGCGAAUUUUUUUGUAUUUAUUUAAUUUUCCAAGAUCUCGACAUAGAGUCUUCCAGUUAAAAAUAUUGGAAAGCAUUAAUUAUUCGAUUAUAAAGAAGUAAAGGUCGUGUGUCCGCGGAAGUCCAUAUUAUUUCUAGGGCUUCCUCUUAGAUUAUUUUAAAGCCCAUUUACUAAAUGUUAGGAGAUUUUAACGAGGCUUCACCUAUACCAGUGGAUCUUGAAUGCAGCUUUUCCUUUUAUCAAUAAGGAAAGGAAAGGAACAAAUGAAGGUCCCAAUGACUAUGCUAUGCAGAUAAGCUGACUUGUGUCGCAUUUCAUUUAACAGAGCUGUCCGUAAUUCAAAUCAUUGCAAAUUUUAAUUUUGUUGUAUUAAAUUUGCCAUAAAGUUAGACGUAUGACAUUGUCCUCUCAAAAUGACAUGGAAUGAUAUUGUUUGCAAUGAGUAUUAUUACAAACUUCAAAGGUAUUUUGAAUGUUCACUUGUCCUCCUGGUAUUUAGUAUUUGGCAUGAGACUUUGUAUGAUACCAAUUUUUUUACUUUUGAAGGUUGAAUAACACAGCAAUUUAAAUCUAAUUUUUAUUUCAAUUGAUGACAAGAAUAUGUCAAUGAUAGGGGCACCAUUGUUGUAAAGAACUUGUUGUGGGUUGGGUACAUUAUGUGUUCCCUCAUGUAUGAACAGUUAUUGGUAUGCUGCUUUUUGUGUUUAAGGUAAUCUUUGAUACUGAAAGAAAAAAAGGAUAAAGAAAAUUUGCUUAGGGUUUUUCUGGAGAGAUACUGGAAACAUGAUAUCUUGCUCACAGAAACUAUUUAUUGGAAGCCCCUAAAGAAGAGGUACCUAAAAGUAUACACAUGGUAAACAGUAUUGUCAAAACUGUGCUCUUAGAAUGAUCGUGUUGUUACCUGCCCAAAGGCUAUGGACCCAGAAAUACAAGGUGCUCAUCUCUUAAAAACCUUCAUAAAAGCAAAGUGAUUCCUGGCACUGUAAGAGAAAAAGCAAAAGAGCACAGCCCUGAACUAACUGAUUUGAUUGCUUGUAUAAAGUAUUUUUUUCCUUUGCAGUUCAUAGCCUUGGUAAUGAUAUGUGUAGCUGUUUAUGCCAAAGCAUCAUCUAAAAUAACCAGUCUCCCGAUUCUUGGUGGUGUAGUUGCCUGUGGCGUUUUCCUUCUUCUCAUUGCCAUCAUGGGCGUUGCUGGUGCAGUGCGUCACAGCCAAGUGAUUCUGUUCUUUGUAUCCUUUUCAUGAUUGUGAACUGCAGUUAAAAGCAGUUGCAGAAAGUAAAGUUUGCAGAACAGUUCUGCCCAGUACCUCCCCAACAGUGGUUUGCUCCAAUGCUACGAUUGUAAAGCUGUGUAUUAGGAGCACAGUCUGACUUAUAAACGAUAAAGUGUAAUGAAAGCAAUUUGGAGAUCAUAUUGGCAUGAUGGUUAGUGUGCUGGAUUCUGGGUUUGAGAGGCCUGGAUUUGAAAGCUGGCUGGGUCAAAGUGUUAUGUUCAGGAGAAACAUUUUAACUUUACAGUGCCUUCUCCUCCAGUACAAAUUGGUGAACAAAAUCACCAGGCAAGCCUGGUGAAAUCCUGUGGGCAAACCUUGCAAUGGAUUACCAUCCCAUCCAGGGGGGAGAAGUAGCACUUCUAGUUACUUCAUGCUAAGGACACUGGGGAUGAGUUCUUGCUGGGUGGACCACUUAGCACAAGUACAGAUGUUACUUCACUGAGGUGUUCUUGUUGUCUAUUGUUUUGGAACUGGCCUAGGGUUGCAAAUAAUGAAGAUGAUGAUGAUGAUUCUUGUUACUUAGUGUUCUGGAAAGUACACGACGUUCUUAUCUGUUUGUUUCAGCCUUAACUUAUUGAACAGUAUAUGAUUAUCAUGCUACUUCUGUUUAUCAUUCAAAUGUCAGUGUCUCUUGGUGCAAUAGCAGUUUCACAUGAGCAGCAGUCUAAUCUAAUGGAGGCAGGAUGGGGAAAGAUGCCACCCAAUUUAAAGACCAAAAUCCAAACAAUCAAAGACUGUUGUGGAUUUAAAAAUAAAAAUAUGACGUCAGGUGAAAUGGGACAUCCGAAGUGUACUGCGGUAAGUUUUUGUGGUGUACGACCCAUUCACAUGCUGGGGUUGUAGUUCUUGAAAUCGGAGACUUUCAGGAGGUAAUGACCCCCCUAUUUGUGACACCAAUAAUUUUUGUGGCCAUUGCCACCCUCCAAUUAUUGCUUGUUAGUAUUAAUGACAAGAAAAUUUUUUUUGGUUAAAGUUUGGAUUCUCUCUAAUGUAUUCACAUUUGUGAUACAUCAGCCUUGUAAUGUUGUCACAAGAUAGUGCUUGUACCUAGGCUGCUGUUAACCCAAUAAUGCACACCAAGCGUUUCUCCCAGACCUAUUUACUUGCCAUGUGUAGACAAUGGGUCUGUGUAUUAUUCUUGUAAAUAAAAUGCUCUGUAAAUGUAAUUUAUAAUUUUAGCCAGUAUUGUUAAUAAUCAUACAAUUCAGCCUUAUUAAGCUGGCAUGUGAUUUUUAAUAAAGCCCUCUAUCUAUAAAGUCACAACAAGAACUGUAAGCUGCCAGAGUUAUUGUAAGUCUAGGAAAAGAUUAUGCUCUAAAACAGUACAGUCAAACCUCUAUUAUCCGCACUUGUGAGAACUGGACUGAAUAGUCUGGAUAAUCCAGAGUUCAGAUAAUCAAAAUCACUGUGGAUUACUGCUAAAAUUUGCUAAAGAAUUUACAAAAACAACAUUUUAUGACCCAAAAUGCUGACAUAAAUCAGUUUGUCUCAAGCUGCUACUGCGUUUGUGCAUCACUAAUUCUGUCAUUCUAUGAAACUGCAUGAAAGAAAUAAGGUCAAAAUUAAUUAUUUCAUCAUCUGAUUUGUUUGAUGGAAAAAGUUGAUGGUAAAGAAAGGUUGUGAGCAUUGUUGAUUAAUUGUAAAAGAAUCACAAAUAAUACUAUUAACUCAAAUUCUUGUGUUUUUUUUUAUGCCUUGUGAAAGUGUUGUUACCUGAUCUGGUCUGGGAAUUUUAACUUAAUUCCUCAUGCAUAUAAAACCACUAACACUAGUUUCUUUUGAGUAUUCAUGACCAUUUCUUUAUUCAUUGUGUUUUAGCUACCAUGCUGUAAUGAGACUACUAACGAUGAUACAUGCCCCAAAUGUAAAACAUGCUAUGACAAGUUAAAAGAUGUAGUAAAUCAUCUUCUGAAAGUGGCAGGAGGAAUUGGUCUGUUCUUCAGUUUUACCUUGGUAAGUACAGAACUUACAUCAAUUCACACACCAUUUUUUUUUUGUCAUAUAAUGAGAUAUCUUCUUUGUAACCUUGUUGAGCAAGAUACUAACACUUGCAUUUUAAAGUUGGACUAAUCCUAUGCCUAACCCUUUAACUCCCAGAUAUUAUUAACAUGUAACUUCUCCUUAUAAUAUCAAUAUAUAUCAAGUAAAAGGGUAACGAGAAUACUCAAACUUAUCAGGUAGAGGUUGUUACUUUGAUCCAACAGCAAAUUGUCAUUGCUGUUUUACAAGGAAUUAAACAUGCAGCAGCCAGAGGGAAGAAUUAACAAGCAAAUCUUGGGAGUUAAAUGGUUAAAGGAAUUAAUUAUUACUCUAACUAAUUAUUUUGAUAAUUCUGGUCCGCUUCCUCUUGAUCUGGAUUCACGCUCAUUAACCACUUGAUUAGGACAUUUGAUUGUCAGUAAUGAAUAGUAAAGUAUCUCUCUCUAUAAAAUCUUCUUAACUUCCUCUCAUAUUUCUAUCUUUCACAGCUGUUUGGUGUGUAUAUGGCGUGCCGCUACAGGAAUCAGAAGGACCCUCGUGCCAAUCCUGGGGCUUUCUUAUAGGUCCCUGGGUGCUGAGCUAAAUUCUUAGACCUGUGCUAACCUUUCUUUAACCUCUAAAUAGAUCUCUCAACCAUGCUAAUCUACCCAUAAUUGAAAAUAUGUAAAAUACGAUUGGAGAGACAUGAUUGUUUGUAAUAUAAUUAUUAUACAGGUUAAAUUGCAUGUGUUCCUUUGCCUUUUGUUAUCAUUAUUUUCCAGUAUCACUGUGUCAAUAUCAUGUGGAGUUAGUCUGAUUCAAUACCAUGAUUACAUAGCUGCCAUUUUUAUUUAUUAGCAGCAACAAUAGCAGUUGACUUAAGCUUUUAAAUGUUUCAAGACUAACUUUUAAUCAGUGACAUGGCAAAGUCUACUGGUAUGACAGAUUCUAGUGAGGGGCAGGGUGGGUGGGUUAGUUAGUUAGUUUGGUAUAAGAGCUUCUCCCUCCCUGCCCUAGGCAUAUCCUUCUGUUCAUGUGGAGUGACUUUUUUCUAUAAUGUCCACAGUAGCUAGUGUUAAGUAAUCUAUCAAUGAGUUGUUUGCUGCGAGUCUUUGAGAUUAUUGUGUGGCGAGGUAGUCUUGAGGUAAAUCCCAGUAUUCUGAUUGACUCUUACUUUGUCUUUAUUUUGCUCUAUGGAGCAGGUCUUUAUUUUGUUUUAUGGGCCAUUUCCAUGGAAAUAAUCAUAAGCUCUGUAUUUUUGGUUGCAAAACCUGCAAAUUCAGAAUACAAGUUUGGUCCUGGUGCCAUAUGAUAAACCACUUACUAACCUUGCUUUAUAGAGCCAUACUGCAGAAUUUUUAGGCCUUGGUCCAUUUUUAAAUUCUAGGAAGAAAUCUUUUGAAGUUAGAUUGACUGACAGUUCAGUUUUCUCAUAUCAUGUUUUGUUGGAGGGUCUAUGGCCCAUUGAUAUCAUUACUCAUUUUUUUUUGGAAGAAAAACAGAUGCCUUUCUUAUGUUGCAGUAUUUUAGGGUUAGAGUAAUUGCCUAACUACUUCUAUUUCUCCAGUUAAAAUGGAGGUAUUUUGAGAAUAUUUCUAGACUAGAAAAUCUCUCUUUGAAAAGCUAUAUUUAAUAGCAGUAUUUAAUUAUUUCAGGAGUGUUUAUUGAUGAAUUAUUUAAGGUUGAUUUUUUUUGUUAUGUUAAGUGUAGAUUAUAUCCUGAAAAUAAACAUUCGGUAUCUUUGUGCUUUUAUGCAGUCUUCAGUAACAUUCCCCAGAGCCCAUAAAUUCCUAGAAGAGAAUGAUAUACCAGAAAACCAGAAAGUUUGUGGCCUUUCAUAUCUCUGAUAGUUUUUGUAUGGUUACUUUUUCACGCGUGUUUUCUAGGUUCC